AUGCUCACUAAUGAGCAGCUUAUCAGCUUUGUGAAGAGAUUGGACAAGUCAGAUGAUCCUCACCAGGGGAAAACAGAGGCUGCCAUCCGGAACUUCGGCCCCUUCUACCGGCGCCAAUAUUCCGUGGCUUUCUGUGGCCAUGUGUGCCACCAGUUGGAGCCACACCGAGACCCACCUUCCCAGCUGCUGAAGACCAAGCCCCCACUGGAGCCUGGCACUGUCCUGUAUGAAGCUGCAUUAUCCCAGUUCGCUGAUGACAUAAAGAAGUGGAAGGAAAGAUAUGUGGUGGUCAAGAAUGACUUUGUUGUGGAGACCUAUGAGAACAAAGAGGCCUUCCAGAAAGGAUCCACUCCUCGGUGCCGCCUCCUGCCAGCAGGUGGCCAGGUGCUGAUGUCAGAGGCCGAGUACAAUGCGCUGUCGGACCGCCAUUUCCCUGACCCCAGUGCGAGCAAUGAGAAGGAGGCGGUGCCAUUGCCCUCGGCCUUCCCCGUGUUCCUGUGGCAGCCCUUUGUCCGGCCCGGCAGCUUCUGCUGCCAGGACGCCGCCGAGCAGCGCAACUUCAGUGGCCUCCUCGAGGACUGCAUCCGCCACCUGAACCAGGAUUACGUGAAGCAGAGAACAUUCGAGGCCCGUGCUUUUCUGGAAGCUGUACAAUUCUUCCAGCAGGAAAAGGGUCACUAUGACUCAUGGGAAAUGAACAUGGGAGAUGAAAUACAGAUUCUGAGUGGCCUGGUGAUGGAUGAGCUCCUGCCUACACUGCAGGCCGACCUCUUGCCCAGGAUGAAGGGAAAGAGGCAGGACUGGAAAAGGGCCUGGCUUGGGCUGCUGGAGGAGGCCUAUGGCAAGGUGAAGCGGCAGGUGUCGGAAGGGCUGGAGGCGCUGAAGGAGGAGUGCAGGGCUCAGGCCCGUGACCUUGAGGGCUCCGUGCGUGCUGAUGCCGACCAGAUUGCCACAUCCAAGAACUUCCUCAGUGCUAAGAUCAAAGAGAUGGUGGUGCAGCCAGCAGAGAAGAGUCUGAUGGAGAGUGUGCAGCCCUUCCUGGCAUCCCUAUUGGAGGAACUCAUGGGUCCCAUAAGCUCAGGAUUCGGCCAGGUGCGGGACUUGUUUGAGAGAGAAGUGGACGAGCUUAGCAGAAGCUUCCAGAGCAGCUCAGACGGUGCCCAGCUGCAAGAGCACCUACAGCAGCUGGGGCGCCUCCCACUGGACUCGACAAAGAUGGAGCCAUGCUACACGUGUGCAAACCUGCUGCUCCAGCGCUCCGACCACCUGCAGAGCCGCUUCCGGUUCCCACACACGCGCCUGGUGGUACAGAGGGCCCAGAGCAACAUGCAGGAGCUGAUGGGGAAUGCAGUCUUCACUUUUGAGCAGUUGCUGGCCCCUCACCUCCAAGCAGAGGCCCCCAAAACUGCAGCCGCCAUUGAGAAGGUCAAGCUCCGAGUCCUGAAGCAAUACGACUAUGACAGCAGCAGCGUCCGCAAGCGUCUCUGCCAGGACGCGCUGGUGCAGGUCACGUUGCCCGUGCUGCGGAGGAGCCUGGCGACCACCUGCAAGCCGGAGCUCCAAAAAUACGAGCAGUUCAUCUUUGCUGACCACACCAGCAUGAUCCAUGUGGAAAAUGUUUAUGAAGAGAUUUUGCAGGAGAUGCUCGUGGAUGAAGCCCUGAGAGUGAUCAAGGAAGCCACCAGCCUGAAGAAACAUAAUCUACUGGAUGACAGCAUGACCCUGCCCAGUGAGAGCAUGUCCAGCCUCUCUGACCUCAAGAUCCUCGGGGCUUCCGCCCAGGCCAGCUCUGCCAGGAGUCUCUCAGUGUCGCUGCCUGGUGGCGCUGAAAGCGAGGCCCUGAACAAUGAAGUGUUCCAGGAGCCAGGGGACGAGACACAGUUAGGGGGCCCUAGUGCUGUGGCCAGAACCAUCCGCCCGUCCUCCCCUGAGCCCAGUGUCCCCCAAGGGCAAGACGGGCCAGGGCUAGUUUCCAGCCCAGGGGACCCCAGGAUGAGUUCUGGGACUUUCGAGAGUGCUGCGGGAGACCCAGACAUGUGCUCUGCAGAGCUGGAGUUUGGGAGGAGCCCCGAACCCCAAGAACCCCAACACCAAAUGCUGGAGGCUGUGUCUACCACAGGCUCCUUGGACGAGCUCAGAGCCCUGCUGACGGUGACCAUUGAGGUCCCUGCAGGGUCCUCCCCACUUGAGACAUGUGAGGGAGACCUGGAACCCGAGGAAAAGGUGGCUGACCAAGGGGAGACCUGUGCCAGCAGGAGCAAGGCGGGGACCCCUCCCUGUAGGCAGCCCCCCAAUAAUACCCACAGCCCAGAGGCAGCCUCUGAGCCACAGACCCAGGAAGGCAUCAGGGAGGACCCCCAUGAUUUUGGAGAGCCAGGAGAGGUGCAAGGGGGGAUGCGGGAGGUCGAGGAUUCUCCCUCCAUGGAGGCCGAGGAGACAAAGGUAGGGAUUCCCCACGUAUAUGAAUGUCAGUGGGUGGUGGAAGGAGCACUGGAUCUCGAGUUCCAAGGUCCUGUGGAUGAAGGGCCCUGCCCCGACCAGGCCCUGGAGUAG